AGGAAAAGGGAAAGCGUCCCAGCAGUAAAAGUAACAUCCCUUAAGAGUCUACAGAUUUCCUCAGAGUUAAAGCUGCUCGUGCUCACCAGAAGAUGGCGCAGUGGUGCCAGCUUUCCUUGUUGGACUGCAAGUAUCUGGAGCAGGUGGAUCAGCUGUAUGACGACUCCUUCCCCAUGGACAUCCGGCAGUAUCUGAGCAAGUGGAUCGAGAGCAUCGACUGGGAUGUGACGGCGGCGCAGGACUCUUUGGCCACCGUCCGGUUUCAUGAACUGCUGGUUCAGCUGGACGACCAACACAGCCGCUUCACCCUGGACAACAACUUCCUGCAGCAGCACAACUUCCGUAAGAUCAAGAGGAACCUGCAGGAUCGGUUUCAGGAGGACCCCGUCCACAUGGCCAUGAUCAUAGCCAGGAACCUGAAGGAGGAGCAGAAGAUCUUGGCCGGUGCAAAGGAUGCUGAGGGGGAAAGUGAGGGCACGGUGUCGGCGAUGGUGGUGGAGAAGCAGAAGCUCGACAACAAAGUGAAGGAAAUGAAAGAAAGAGUUCAGUUUAUGGAUCAGAACCUGAAGAGCUUGGAGGACCUGCAGGACGAGUACGACUUCAAACUCAACACGCUGAAGAACAGAGAGAAUGAUGUGAACGGCUUGUCAGUGAAGGAGCUGGAGAUGGAGAAGAUGGCUAUUAACAGAAUGUGUUUGGAGCUGAAAGCCAAACGUCAUGGCGUAGUAAACUACCUGACCGAUCUCCUGAACGUCACUCAGGCGUUAAUAUCAGACCUGAUCUCCGAGGAGCUGCCGGAGUGGAAGCAGCGGCAGCAGAUUGCGUGUAUCGGUGGUCCGCCCAACGCCUGCGUGGACCAGCUGCAGAACUGGUUCACAGCCGUGGCAGAAAGUCUCCAGCAGGCGCGUCAACAUCUGAAGAAGAUGCAGGAGCUGGAGCAGAAGUUCACGUACGAGAGCGACCCCAUCCCUCAGAAGAAAGCGUACCUGGAGAACCGAGCUCUGGAGCUCCUCAAGAACCUCCUGUCCAACUCGUUAGUUGUAGAGAGGCAGCCCUGCAUGCCCACCCAUCCACAAAGACCUCUGGUGCUGAAGACUGGCGUCCAGUUCACUGUGAAACUUCGGUUUCUGGUAAAACUUCAGGAGUUUAACUACCAACUCAAAGUCAAAGCUUUCUUUGAUAAGGAUGUGACAGAGAAAAAAGGGUUUCGGAAGUUCAACAUUUUAGGAACAAACACCAAAGUGAUGAACAUGGAGGAGUCCAACGGCAGCCUGGCAACAGAGUUCAGACAUUUGCAACUGAAAGAGCAGAAAAGCGUUGGAAACAGAACAAAUGAGGCUCCUCUUAUCGUCACUGAGGAGCUCCACUCUCUCAGCUUUGAGUCCGACCUGCAGCUCAACCAGUCCGGACUCAACAUUAAACUGGAGGCCUUGUCUCUGCCGGUUGUGGUCAUCUCUAAUGUGUGUCAGCUGCCCAGCGGCUGGGCCUCCAUCCUCUGGUACAACAUGCUCACCACAGAGCCCAGAAACCUGAAGUUCUUUCUCACCCCUCCGGCGGCAAAGUGGUCUCAGCUGUCCGAGGUCCUCAGCUGGCAGUUCUCGUCCGUCACCAAGCGAGGCCUGAACCAGGAGCAGCUCAACAUGCUGGCUGACAAACUGCUGGGAGCCAAAGCUCAGAGGAACCCAGAAGGACUAAUCCCCUGGACAAAGUUCUGUAAGCAGAGCGCCAACGAGAAAUCGUUCCCUUUCUGGCUGUGGAUCGAAGGAAUCCUGGACCUGAUUAAACGGCACCUGCUGUCUCUGUGGAACGACGGUUGCAUCAUGGGAUUCCUCAGUAAGGAGAGGGAGAAGGCUCUGCUGAGCGACAAGUGUCCCGGGACGUUCCUGCUCAGGUUCAGUGAAAGCAGCAGGGAGGGAGCCAUCACCUUUACCUGGAUCGAGCACGACGUCCACGACAAGCCUGUUUUUCACUCCGUGGAGCCAUACACGAAGAAGGAGCUGACUGCCGUGUCUCUGCCGGACAUCAUCCGCACCUACAAGGUGAUGGCAGCUGAAAACAUCCCAGAAAACCCGCUGCGCUUCCUUUACCCCAACAUCCCCAAAGACAAGGCCUUCGGGAAAUACUACCCCAAACCCUCAGAGACUCAAGAACCGAUGGACGUGGAGAACACGGAGAAGAGCGGCUACAUGAAGACAGAACUGAUAUCUGUCUCAGAAGUACAUCCGUCCAGAAUGCAGGACAACAUGAUGCCCAUGUCUCCUGAUGACUAUAGGGCUUUGGAGCAGUUUGUCAACCCUCGAGACAUUGAUGCUGUGAUGAGUGCAGACUUUCCAGAUGGAAACUGA